AUGGCUCGAACUGCGCUUUUCGCGCUCUCCCUAGCCCUGCUGCUGGUGGCGGCGCGCGCCGGCAGCCCCAUCACAAGCUCGUCGGCGAACGAGAAGCCCGACCAGAGCAGCAAGAAGGUCGACGGGCUCAUGACGGAACUCCCCGCAGACAUUGCGAAGCAGGCGGCGUCGGGCAACGCGGCGGGACUGACCUACGUGGACACGGCGCAGGACUCUUUUUUCAUGGCUGAUGUGAAGAAGGCCGGGUGGAACGCGCAGAAAUGCCCGCCGGGUUUGAACAAGGAGCUGGCGGGCGCGUGCACGCCCAAGAAUUGCUCCAAGGGCGGCAUUGCCGCCAAGUGGAAGACGGCGUACCUGCAGAAGAACAAGCUCGGUUACGAGCUGUACGUGCCGGGUAACCCGCUCACGCUGCUCAAGGCGAACCCCGCGUCGUGCUGCAACACGUGCGCCGCGACGCCGCUGUGCACGUACUGGCAGUACAUUCCCGAUAUCACGAUCGACGGGAAGAAGGGCAAGGGUGCGUGCUACCUGAUCCACGACCAGAUCGACUUCACUUGCGGAGAGAUGACCGCGCAGUACUCGACGGAGACGAAGCCCGUGCCGCUUCAGGUGCGCAUCGGCGGCGAGUGCAACCCGAGCGCCAAGAUUCUCAACGACCCGCAUCUGGUGGGCGCGCACGGCACUCACUUCGACUUCAACGGCCGCCCCGACAAGGCCUUCUGCCUGCUCACGGACCGCGACCUGCACGUGAACAUGCUGCUGCGCGGGUACUACGACGAGCGCACCGACAACGCGGCGCUGGUCGUCGACGGCAAGGCCGUGCACACGUGGAUUAAGGAGCUCGGUAUGAUCUGGACCGCUAAGGGCGUCGACCACAAGGUUCGCAUCGCGGCGCGCGGCGGCAAGCAGCAGGAGCGCGGCGACGGGUUCGUGAAGAGCAUCGAGAUUGACGGCGAGGCGAUCCCGCGCAUGCAGGUGGGCGACAGCGUGACGAGCGACGGCGGGCUGACGAUCCAGUUCCGCGCGCUGGAGAAGGAGGCGCCGUUCGAUGUGGAUUACUACCUUCUGACGAUCGACGGCCUGAUUUCGCUCGACCUCCGCCUGCGCGUGGCGCACCCGAAGCUGCAGACGCCAAGCGACGCCGAGGUGCACAUCAACGUGGGGAUUGCAGAGCUGGAGCACACCGACGCGAUUCACGGCGUGCUCGGACAGACGUACCGCGAGGACCACUCGCAGCGGGCCGCGGACUUCCAGAAGCUGAUCGCGAGCCUGCACCGUCCGAUCUCCGCUGAUGGUGCUGAGGGUCAAGGGUUCCUAGAUGGCACUCCGCGGUCGUACGAGGCGAGCGACGUGCUUGCUGUGGACUGCGCUUACACCGCGUAUGGGCGCGCCAGGCAGUUUUCUUAA